AUGGACCCUUUCAAAGAUUGCAGGCCGGCGGCUUCCCUCAAAGAUGGUCACUUUCACCACGCUUCUCAAAGAUGGCAGCACCGCAGCUCUUCUCAGAAAUGGCUGAAGAAAGAGGGGAUCCAUUACCGGGCCAUGGGCACCUGCUUCCUCCUCCUCUUCCUCCUUCUCCAUUGGUCUCCACCCAUCCCUGCCCUCUGCAUCAAGGUGACCAAGGAAAAAUGUGAGAAGCACCAGUCGUUUGUUCCAGGAUCUGCGAUGGUAGGGGAGGGGGUUGACAUCACCAGGCUCCAGCGCACGGGCCAUUUCCCCAUAGACCCCUCUCAGUACCUCCACAAGAAUGGGACCUGCACUCUCUGCACCAAUACUCUUCUAGAAGGAGAACGCCAGCGUCUCCCUAUAGCCAUCAUGAGCUGGCAUUCCCAAGUGUCCGAGUGCAACAAGAAAGUAGUCAAGGCGACAUCUCACUCAGCCAUAGGGGUGGCUGAUAUGGCAGCUCAGAGCAUCAAGAACGACUGGAAACUGGACCUGGAUUUGCAACCUAAGCCCGGAACCCAAAUUCACUUGGCUUUGGCUGGGUCUCAUUCCAAAGCAGCCAAUUUUGCUGAACGAAAGUCCCAGGAAGAUCAGUAUUUCUUCAGCAUGAAUAUGUUGGAGUGUCGCUACUACAAGUUGCGCCUUGUCAACACACCCCCUCUGAAGGAGGAUUUCAAGCAGGCGGUCCACUCCCUGCCAUUCCAUUUCACUAACUCCACUGACUCCGAAUACUUCCAACUGAUCUACAACUAUGGUACCCACUUUAUGACCGCGCUGGAGUUGGGGGGCCGGACUUCAGAUAUCACUGCUUUGCGGAGUUGCAAGUUGGCCCUAGAGAACCUAUCCGAAGAGGAUGUCGUGGACUGUCUAAAUGCAGAAGCUUCAGCGAAUAUGGAGAAUACUGGGAACACGUCUACAAAGGCCCACAAAUGUGAGAAGCAGAAGAAAAGCCAUGGGAUGAACAGAUCCUUCUAUGAGAUGUAUAAUGAGCACCACGUGGAGGUGAUCGGGGGCCACCUCACUAAGAUAGUUGACUUGUUGCUUGAUAUCAACAAGGUAGAUCAGUUCUCCUCCUGGAUGGCAUCACUUCCCAAAUUCCCUGGGCUGGUUUCCUAUUCUCUUUCCCCUCUCCAUAUGCUCCUGCGGCAGCAAGAUCCCAGGAGAGAAGGACUGAAACAGGCUGUGAGAGAGUACUUGAAGAUGAGGGCCUGGAAGCAAAACCCUCCGUGCCCUCCAGGGAAGAUGAAAAGCUCCCAGGACCCGUGUCGCUGUGUGUGCUCAAAUACAGACUCCACCAAUGAGGACGGCUGCCCCCGAGAGAAGGGUCUUGUCAAGCUGGAGGUGAAAUUCCUUAAAGCCCAUGACCUGUGGGGGGAUGACCUCACACAAACAGACGGUUAUGUCAAGAUAUUUUUCAGAGGGAGGGAACGGAGGUCCAAUAUCAUUCUGAACGACAACAACCCCGUGUGGUGGGAUAGGAUGAAUUUUGGGAUUGUGCAAAUCUCCACAGUGGAAUCCAUGCAAGUGCAGUUGUUGGAUUAUGACAAUGGCUGGGAUGAUGAUCUCCUCAGGUCCUGCAACGGGGAACUGGAGGCAGGAAGCCUGAGAAUUGAAGUGUGCAACUUUCACCAUGGGUCAUUGACUUUCAUGUACCAGGUCACUUGCUUGCCUCACCUGACGGGGCGGAAGUGUCUCAAUUAUGCCCCUGAGACUUUCCAAGGAGAGGGCAUCAUGAGCCGAAUGAAACAGUUGAGAAGCCAGCUGAGGGAAGAUAUCUUUGCCCAGGAAGAAAGCUACAUCCAGGGGAUAGGUGAGAACAUGGAGAAUAAGAACAGAAAGGCUCCACUACCAAUAUCUAAUGAAACCUAUUAUGAAAACUACUCUCAAGAAACAAAACUAAUGAUUUCAAAUGGGAAAGGGAAACUGAUCUCCAACUAUGAUACCCACUUCAUAAACAUCCUGGUGUUGGGGAGCUAG